AUGGUCACCCUAAUGCCAUACAGUUACUCUGCACCGAGAUGUGGGCUAAUUGAAAAAAUGAUUGAACCUAAGGUCAAACGUCCCAAAACAGAGCACACGGAUACAAAUGAACGAAAUCGCCUUUGUUCUCAAACCACUGCUCAAUCGCCGCAUCAUCAGCAGCAACAGCAACAUCAACAACAACAACAGUCACAGCAGCCUCAACACCAUACUUCACAACUUCAUCCUCACUCCCUGCCACAUACACAGUCGCCGCUGGGCGGAGCUGGCGCCGCUUCCUCCGCUACGUCCGGUCAAUGCAGCCCACUGACGCUGCCACCACAAUCACAGCCGCUGCAACCAACAAUCACUUCGCUGGCGUCACUCAGCGGCCACUACAAUGCGGCGCCCAACCUGAAUUCAAGCUGCAGCCUAUCAACCGGACUAAGCGCCUACCCUUCACUUAACUCAGCUGCUGCCGCUUCAUUCACGCAGUCGCCCGGCAGUAGUUUCUCCACAUAUCAGCAUCCACACACGACGGCUGAAGGGGCGUCGAGUGGAGUCGAUGCUACAACAGGUCUAAGUAAUGCGGGACGACAUGGCGACUUAGGUGUUGGUGUGGCUGGCAGCGGUGGCGCGGGAAUGUCGCACUGGCUGCCAACUGAAACGCAUUUGACAUCUGUUAAGUCGGAGAAUCGCAGUCCGGGUCUAAAUAAUAGCGGCGGCAGUGGUGGCACAUCUAAUGUGAAUGCUGGCGGCGCUGGGAUUGAGACGCAGUCUGGGCUGGGCGGUAGCAACGCUGCACAGUUGGAUGGCGGUAGCGUAAUGACGGGCAAUGGUGGCGUGCCCGCCAACAGCUCUAUCUACAGUUGCUCAUCGGUCGGUGUCAGCGGUUUGAGUGGCAUGGAGAGCAGUGUGGCGGGUAUUGGGACAAACUCCUCCUCCAGCGCUGCCAUGGCGGCGGUGAAUUCAUCAGCUGCAGCAGCAGCUGCGGCGGCCGCAUACGACACCAGCAAACACGAUUAUUACAAUUACUAUAACAGCAUGCAACAGUAUACGCCACCCUUCUACUCCACCUACGGCACACCCUACACAACGGCUGCGGCGCGUGCCGCUACCAAAAUUGAACCCAGUUCGCCGUACUUAACUUCAUCGUACGCCACUGCGGCAAGCAACAACAAUUCCUCACAGCUCUACCCGACCGCUUACGGCUACAACAAUUUCGCGCAAUUCGGCACUGCAGCAGCAGCGGCGGCGCAACAGGACUACAGUGGCUACUACAACGAUCAGUACGGCAACUACUACAACCCAGCCAGCUACUCACCAUACGCCGCCGUCAGCUCGCCCAGUUCCAGUGCUGCCAGUCAUGGCUUUCAUGUGGGCGCUUCCAAUUUGUCCGAGAGUCCCACAGACACGCACUCGACGACACCGGUGUUGCAUGCCACACAUUCACCGCAUUCGCCGCUGCCGAUCUCACCAAAUGCUGCCGCGGCAACGCUUAGCACAAACUCCACGGCGGCCGCGUCGGCGGCACAUGCCAAGAGCACGCCCACCAGCAAGAGUGGGCGCUCGCGUGGAAGACGCCAUCAGCAGCCGAGUCCAACGCGCAGCACCACAUCAGACACACCGAACAGUGAUGCGGCCAAGCCGCCAGAACGCGUCUUCAUCUGGGAUCUGGAUGAGACGAUCAUCAUUUUCCAUACGCUACUCUCCGGUUCCUUCGCCAAUCGCUACACCAAAGACCAAAGCACGCUGCUGACGAUCGCUUUCCGCAUGGAGGAGAUGGUCUUCAAUAUGGCCGACACGCAUUUCUUCUUCAACGAAAUCGAGGAAUGUGAUCAGGUGCACAUCGAUGAUGUGUCCUCCGACGACAACGGGCAGGAUCUGAGCAAUUACAAUUUCGCGACGGACGGUUUUCAUUCGGGUGCACCACCUGGCGCUCCGCCAAAUCUCUGCCUGCCGACCGGCGUGCGUGGCGGCGUCGAUUGGAUGCGCAAACUGGCGUUCAGAUAUCGCAAAAUCAAGGAGAUCUACAACACCUACAGGGGAAAUGUUGGCGGCCUGUUGGGUCCCGAGAAGCGCGACGCAUGGCUGCAAAUACGCUCGGACAUCGAGAUGGCCACCGACAAUUGGGCCUCACUGGCCACCAAGUGUCUGAAUAUGAUUGCGCAACGCGAGAAUUGCGUGAAUGUGUUGGUGACGCAGACACAGCUGGCGCCCGCCUUGGCAAAAGUACUGCUCUUCGGGCUCGGCGGCAUCUUUUCCAUUGAAAAUAUCUACAGCGCACACAAGAUCGGCCACGACACCUGCUUCGAGCGCAUUAUGACGCGUUUCGGGCGCAAGGGCACCUACGUCGUGAUCGGCGAUGGCACGGAGGAGGAGAACGCGGCGAAGACGUACAAUUUCCCCUUCUGGCGCAUAUCGUCGCACAGUGAUAUACGCGCGCUCUACACGGCGCUCGACAUGGGUUUCUUAUGAAAGACGCGCAGCUGCUGCUGGGUAUAUUGCGCGACAAUUACACUGUAAAAAAUAUGAGUUAAAUGAUGACUAAUCUAAUAUUAACAUUGCUUAACUACUUAACUAAGCGAAAAUCUCUUGCAUGUAAAUUAAAUAUUAUUGUAGCUAAGCAAAUGUACGCACUAAAGAUUAAAAGACUUAAUCAUUGUAUUUAGUAAAAGUAAA